UGCUCUAUUGACAAUGGUGCUUUGCAUCAUGUGCUGUUUAUUAAGAAGAAGAAUUUUUUUACUUCCAGGGGAGAACAGGAGAAAGAUUGAUGACAAGGAAGUGCUUGACGUGACGGAAUCUUACACAUCUAAUGAUGUCAAUGCGUUUCAGAAUGAUGGAGAUAUGGGGCAUGAUUUAAGAAUAUUUAGCUAUGCAUCUGUCAAGGCAGCCACAGGAAACUUCUGUGAUGAAAACAAGCUUGGAGAAGGGGGCUUUGGACCAGUUUAUAAAGGGGAAAUGUCGACGGGACAAGAAAUAGCUGUGAAGAGGCUUUCAAGAUGUUCGCUACAAGGAACAUGGGAGUUUAAGAAUGAGUUGAUACUUAUAUCUGAACUUCAACAUACAAAUCUUGUUCGGAUUUUGGGAUUUUGCAUUCAUGGUGAAGAGAGGAUGUUAAUAUACGAGUAUAUGCCAAACAACAGUCUAGACUGUUUUUUAUUUGAUUCAACCAGAGGCAUAUUACUAGACUGGAAGACGCGUUUUAAUAUAAUCGAAGGAAUUGCUCAAGGACUGCUUUACUUGCACAAAUAUUCAAGAUUGAGGGUGAUUCAUAGAGAUCUUAAAGCUAGUAACAUACUACUUGAUGAAGAUAUGAACCCCAAAAUUUCUGACUUUGGUAUGGCAAGGAUUUUCACGCAUAACGAGCCGGAAGCAAAUACUAAUAGGAUCGUUGGGACAUAUGGUUACAUGUCUCCAGAGUACGCAAUGGCAGGAAUUUUUUCGACAAAGUCCGAUGUCUAUAGCUUUGGGGUAUUGACGCUUGAAAUCAUAAGUGGUAGGAAAAAUAAUAGCUUCUACAAUGCCGAUCGCGUCUUGAAUAUAGUAGGAUAUGCAUGGGGGUUAUGGAAUGAAGGUGCAGGGCUAAGAUUAAUGGAUCCAACGCUACAUGAAUCAUGUAUUGAGGAUCAACUGAUAAGAUGCAUCCAUGUCGGUCUGCUAUGCGUAGAAGAAGAUGCAACAGAUCGGCCUACCAUGUCAGAAGUCAUAUCUAUGUUGACAAAUGAAAGCAUGUCAUUACCUAUACCAACAAGGCCAGCAUUUUUCACAAGUAGAAACGAGGUUGAUGCAGACAUGAGCGUAAAGGAAUCAGAAGUUUUAUCAAGAAAUGACUUUUCCCGUUCCGAUAUAGUAGGAAGAUGAAGGUAUUAACAUGUUUGGUGUGGCCCAAUUGUUGUUAUUAUACUUACUUUGAUAGCUGUAAAGAUAACUCUUUGAAAAGUGAAAAUUUAAUAUGGGGUUCCAUAUA